CCACGUCAUGUGACCGCAACAACGAAAUCAAUUUCCCCCUCCCUCAUUCCUACCCUUCUAUCUCCCCUUAGAACUACCACAAUCCAGAGACGGAUGAAAGCAGAGAAAAUAUCAAGAAUCGACAAACAAUUAAUUCAUCCAUGUAGAUCGUCAACCCUCUCAAUCUCAUAAAAAAAGCUCUAAUUUUGUCGCAAUGGACGAGACAUUCUUCGAUCUAAUGGAGUUCUUAAAGAAACCUUCAAUAACUGAAACAUUCGUCGACAUUUUGCUUUGUGCAGUACCGAUAUGGCUAGCCGUUAUGAUCGGCCUCGUUAUUGGCUGGUCCUGGCGGCCUAGGUGGACCGGAUUGGUAUUUCUUGGCUUGAGGAGCAAGUUUAGGUUCCUUUGGGCUCCUCCUGGAUUCGGAGCUCGGCGUCUCUGGCUCGCUUUUACGGCUCUAUCUGCUCUCUCUGUUUGCCGCACCAUUUGGUCCAAUUUUAAGGGUAAAGAUGGAAAAUCAGUACCCGCCGCUGCGGCUUCAUCUUCGGGAGCGAAAUCGGGGGAGAGACGUGACGGUUCUGUUAGCUCCACUGGUGAGCUGGAGGACAGGGAGGACAUUGUGACAGAGAAAGACUUAGAACACCUAUUGCAUCUGCUGGAGGGGAAGGAUGGACAGAAGGAGUGGCAAUGUAUGAUGGAAAGGUCAACCUCGAACAUGAGAUACCAAGCUUGGCGCCAUGAGCCUCAGGAAGGUCCCAUUAUUUACCGAAGUAGAACUGUCUUUGAGGAUGCAACUCCAGAGUUGGUUAGAGAUUUCUUCUGGGAUGAUGAGUUUCGACCUAAAUGGGAUCCGAUGCUUGCAUACUUUAAAAUACUUGAAGAGUGCCCUCAUACUGGUAGAAUGAUUGUGCACUGGAUAAAAAAGUUCCCAUUUUUUUGUAGUGAUCGAGAAUAUAUCAUUGGUCGAAGAAUAUGGGAUGCUAGGAAGGCAUCUUAUUGUGUGACCAAGGGGGUGCCUUAUCCAGGCCUGCACAAACGUGACAAGCCUAGGCGUGUUGAGCUUUAUUUCUCAAGUUGGGUUAUUAGGGCUGUGGAAUCCCGUAGAGGAGAUGGACAGAUGUCUGCUUGUGAGGUUACCCUUUUACAUUAUGAGGACAUGGGGAUCCCCAAAGACGUGGCAAAGUUGGGGGUACGACAUGGGAUGUGGGGAGCUGUCAAGAAGCUGCAUUCUGGUAUGAGAGCAUACCAGAAUGCAAGGAAAUCGGAGGCUUCACUGUCCAGAUGCGCGCUCAUGGCUAGAAUCACCACAAAAGUUUCUUUUGAUGAAGGCAUGGAUUCUUCAGAACCAGUUGCUGGUGAAGAGGAUAAAAGUCAAGCUGUAGAUAUCCGAAGACACAAUGAUCACGGAAUUGAUUGGAAAUGGAUAGUUAUAGGUGGAACGGUAACGCUGGUUUGCUGUCUUCACUCCGGUGCAAUUGGGAAGGCAUUGCUACUUGGAGCAGGCCAAAGAAUUGCACGGAGGUGAGAAUUUUCAGAUCAAAGAUAUUAUGUACCUCCCCAACGGUUUCAAGGAUUUGUGAAAUUUUAUCCACUUGUUGCGUUUUGCAAGGAUUUGUGAAAUUUUAUUCACUUGUUGAGUUAAGGGCCAAUAUUUAUCAAAGAUCAAUGAUCAAUAUUUUUUUCAUAUU